CGCGUCCUCUCGUUGGCUCGUUCCGGCCUCAGCGCGCCGCCGGCUCCACUCACCACCCCCUCCUUCCCCCCCGCCCCUCCCCAAGCACACCUCGGCGGCUGCGAGCCGCGCGGGGGAGGGGAAGGGGCCGGGAGGUAGGCCGGGGCUGCGGGCCGGACGCGGCGGCGCGCACGCAGGCCUUGCCUCUCCCGGGCCUUCUCCUUCACGCCGGCCGCAGGGCGGGCGCGCACGCCGAGUGACGCUCGGAGGAGGAAGCGCAGCCCCCUUCCCCUCCCUGGCUGCCCCUGCCCCAGCGGGAGCCCCCCCAGUGCGCCUGUGCGGAGGCCUACUUGAUUAUGUGUGCCCUCUCCGGGCUCCAGCGUUAGCGGCCGGGUGGAGGUGGGGAGGGAAGAAGACGAGGAGGAGGAGGAGGCGGAGGAGGCGGUGGAGGGGAGGUGGGGGGAGUCAGCAAGGACAUGGCUCCUGACUCCUGUGCGGAACGUGAGUGACUGAGCGGCAAAGCCCGAAUGGUCUCUAGCGACCGGCCCGUGUCACUGGAGGACGAGGUCUCCCAUAGUAUGAAGGAGAUGAUUGGAGGCUGUUGCGUUUGCUCAGACGAGAGAGGCUGGGCCGAGAACCCGCUGGUUUAUUGCGACGGGCACGGCUGCAGCGUCGCGGUGCAUCAAGCUUGCUAUGGCAUUGUUCAAGUACCCACUGGACCAUGGUUUUGCAGGAAAUGUGAAUCUCAGGAGAGAGCAGCCAGAGUGAGAUGUGAACUGUGUCCUCAUAAGGAUGGAGCUUUAAAAAGAACAGAUAAUGGGGGUUGGGCUCAUGUGGUUUGUGCCCUGUAUAUUCCAGAGGUACAGUUUGCCAAUGUUUCUACAAUGGAACCAAUUGUUUUACAGUCUGUUCCACAUGAUCGUUACAAUAAGACUUGCUACAUUUGUGAUGAACAAGGACGAGAAAGCAAAGCAGCUACCGGUGCUUGCAUGACAUGUAAUAAACACGGAUGUCGGCAGGCUUUCCACGUGACGUGUGCUCAGUUUGCUGGACUACUUUGUGAAGAAGAAGGUAAUGGUGCAGAUAAUGUCCAAUACUGUGGCUACUGUAAAUACCAUUUUAGCAAGCUGAAAAAGAGCAAACGGGGAUCUAAUAGGUCAUAUGAUCAAAGUUUAAGUGAUUCUUCCUCUCACUCUCAGGAUAAACAUCAUGAGAAAGAGAAAAAAAAAUAUAAAGAAAAGGACAAACACAAACAAAAACACAAGAAGCAACCAGAGCCAUCACCUGCGUUGGUUCCUUCUUUGACUGUUACCACAGAAAAAACUUAUACAAGCACUAGCAGCAACUCUAUAUCUGGAUCAUUGAAGCGUUUGGAAGAUACUGCAGCUCGAUUUACAAAUGCAAACUUCCAGGAAGUCUCUGCGCACACAACUAGUGGAAAAGAUGUUUCAGAGGCUAGAGGGUCAGAGGGAAAAGGGAAGAAAUCUUCAGCUCACAGCUCAGGUCAAAGGGGAAGAAAGCCUGGUGGCCGAAAUCCAGGAACGACUGUGUCAGCAGCUAGUCCUUUCCAGCAAGGCAGUUUUUCAGGAACUCCAGGCAGUGUAAAAUCAUCUUCGGGAAGUUCAGUACAGUCUCCCCAGGAUUUCUUGAGCUUUACAGACUCAGAUCUGCGUAAUGACAGUUAUACUCACUCCCAACAGUCAUCAUCAACCAAAGAUGUACAUAAAGGAGAGUCUGGAAGCCAGGAAGGGGGGGUAAAUAGUUUUAGUUCCAUAAUGGGUCUCCCUUCGACCUCAGCUGUUAUUUCACAGCCUAAAAGCUUUGAAAAUUCACCUGGAGAUUUGGGUAAUUCCAGCCUUCCUACAGCAGGAUAUAAACGGGCUCAAACUUCUGGCAUAGAAGAAGAAACUGUAAAGGAAAAGAAAAGAAAAGGAAGUAAACAAAGUAAGCAUGGGCCUGGUAGACCUAAAGGAAACAAAAAUCAAGAGAAUGUUUCUCAUCUCUCAGUUUCUUCUGCUUCACCAACAUCAUCGGUAGCAUCAGCUGCAGGAAGUGUAACCAGCUCUAGUCUCCAGAAAUCUCCUACCUUGCUCAGGAAUGGAAGUUUACAAAGUCUUAGUGUUGGCUCGUCUCCAGUUGGUUCAGAAAUUUCCAUGCAGUAUCGGCAUGAUGGAGCUUGUCCAACAGCUACUUUCUCAGAGUUGCUGAAUGCAAUACACAAUGACAGAGAUGACAGUUCUACACUAACAAAGCAGGAACUUAAAUUCAUAGGUAUUUAUAACAGCAAUGAUGUAGCAGUAUCCUUUCCAAAUGUAGUAUCUGGCUCAGGAUCUAGUACUCCUGUCUCCAGUUCUCAUUUACCUCAGCAAUCUUCUGGGCAUUUGCAACAAGUGGGAGCUCUCUCCCCAUCAGCAGCAUCAUCUGCAGCCCCAGCUGUUGCUACAACUCAGGCAAAUACCCUAUCUGGAUCUUCUCUUAGUCAGGCACCAUCUCAUAUGUAUGGCAAUAGAUUAAAUCCAAAUUCAUCAAUGGCAGCUCUUAUAGUUCAGUCUGAAAACAGUCAAACAGAUCAAGAUCUCGGAGACAAUGGCCGCAGCCUUGCUGGCAGAGGAAGCUCACCCCGAGGAAGUCUCUCACCGCGAUCUCCUGUAAGCAGCUUACAGAUUCGCUAUGAUCAACCAGUCAACAGCAGUUUGGAAAAUCUGCCUCCAGUAGCAGCCAGCAUAGAACAGCUUUUGGAGAGGCAGUGGAGUGAAGGACAGCAGUUUUUAUUAGAACAGGGUACUCCUAGUGACAUUUUAGGAAUGCUGAAGUCAUUACAUCAACUUCAAGUUGAAAAUCGAAGAUUAGAAGAACAGAUUAAAAACUUGACAGCCAAAAAAGAACGUCUUCAGUUACUGAAUGCACAGCUCUCAGUGCCUUUUCCAACAAUAACGACAAAUCCUAGCCCAUCUCAUCAAAUGCAUGCAUUUUCAGCACAGAAUGCUCCUACUACUGAUUCCUUGAACAGCAGUAAGAGCCCUCAUCUGGGAAACAGCUUUUUACCUGAUAAUUCUCUUCCUGUGUUAAAUCAGGACUUGACCUCCAGUGGACAGAGCACCAGCAGCUCUUCUGCUCUUUCUACCCCACCUCCCGCUGGGCAGAGUCCAGCGCAGCCGGGCUCAGGCGUUAGCGGAGUUCAGCAGGUCAAUGGUGUGACAGUGGGGGCACUGGCUGGUGGAAUGCAGACUGUAACAUCCACCAUUCCUGCAGUGCCUGGAGUGGGUGGAAUAAUUGGAGCUUUGCCAGGUAACCAACUGGCAAUUAAUGGCAUUGUAGGAGCUUUAAAUGGGGUUAUUCAGACCCCUGUCACAAUAUCACAGAACCCUACCCCCCUCACCCACACCACUGUACCACCUAAUGCAACACAUCCAAUGCCAGCCACACUGACUAACAGUGCCUCAGGACUAGGAUUACUUUCUGACCAGCAAAGACAGAUAUAUCUUCACCAACAGCAGUUUCAGCAGUUGUUAAAUUCUCAGCAGCUCACGCCAGAACAACAUCAGGCCCUUCUGUAUCAGUUGAUGCAACAGCACCACCACCAGCAGCACCACCAGCCUGAGCUACAGCAGCUCCAGAUGCCUGGGCCCACGCAAAUACCGAUCAACAACCUGCUCGCGGGCACCCAGGCGCCGCCGCUUCACCCCGCGACCACCAACCCCUUCCUCACCAUCCACGGCGACGGUGCAAGUCAGAAAGUAACGAGACUUAGUGAUAAAACUGGGCCUGUCACUCAAGAGAAAAGUUGACACUUGAGAAACCUCUAGAAAUUGCCUCUCCUGCUGCUCUAGCACUUGAUCUGGCUGCCGUUGUAGCCCUCCUACACCUAUGAAGAAAUGCGACAAGAAAUGAACUGCACAGCAAAGGAUUAAUUGCCACAAGGACAUUCUUGUAAGGCUUUGAUUAAUUUUCUUGUUGCUUUGUUGCACUGAAAUGGAAUUUCCAUGCCCCCAUCCCUCAACCCAGAUUUUUUUGAACUUUAAGAAAAAAAUUUAAUAACUAACUUUUGUCAAUGAAAUAAUUUACAUGCAAUGAAUUUAUCAACCUAAGAGAAAUUUAAUAUAGUUGGUGCACAACUCAUUUUGUUAUAAAUUGGAGAGAUGAACAGCAAAACUAAAGACGUGUUCCAUUAUAAACUUUGAUUUUGUUGUACAAGUUGGAAUAUGAAAUACAGUCUUUUGUUUGGGUUACAGUAUGCUUGCUCUGUGAGUCCGAUCUUAAGACAGAUUUUAAGGAACUGUCCCAAUUUCUUCUAUUGGAGUUUUAUUGGUUAAAUAUUGCAAAUUAAUAGGUCAUCAACUGGGACUUGGCAAUCUUUGUUCUAAAAAUUUUCUUUAUGAUGGGAUUUGGCCAAUUUUGGUAAUCAAGUUAGGCUGGUAAUGUCUGCUUCUGCUAAAGGUAAUUUUCUUUUGCUAAACACUUUUUUUUUUUUUUUUAAGUGCUAAGACCUACUCGUGUUUUAAAGUUAACUACUCAUAUUUUGAGUUAAGUGAGUUCUAAGGCUGCUGGGGGAACCAGAUCAAUUCAAAGUGAAAGAUUUCUUUCAGAAAGAGGGGCCACUCUGGAAACUGCUGGCAGGGUUUGGCCUGAAUCAAGUGCCUGUUCGUACCUCCGUUGUGUUGAAACGGCUCUGGACAGCCGAGCCUGCAGCGUCGUCAGUCCUGUGAGUAGUGGGAGCAGUCAGUGCCGCACAGCAGCCUUCCCCGUGCUUCUGCCUUGAUCGAAAACUUUCUAUGCCACUGUAGAUAGCUCAGGCAAAACUAUUACCUGGGUGUUUAUCCACUAAUGAGUCACAAGAAAAAUGAGUGGAUUUGGUAAGGUUUUUAGUUUAUUUUUUUUACUUUGUUUUUUGUUUUUUUGUUUUUUGUUUGUUUGUUAAUUUAAACAACUUCCCGUUUACUGACAGUGAUUUCAAACAGACCGAACAACUGCAGUUCCUGAAACAGGUGAAAUCUGUAUUUACAGUCCUUACACUUGGGGUAGCCACGCCCCUGGGGUGACGGUAUGGCAGAGUAGAAAUUAAACAAUUGGGGAUGUAAUCACUGAACUGUUCUCAAAUGUGUGAAUUAUUAGUGGAAAAGACCCAGCUGUAAUUAGACCUCCACUGUGUACUUAGCUGGAAGAACAUGUUAAUUCUGCAAUAUGUCUCUUGGUUAAACAUUGCACAGUUCUUACCUCAUUUCUGUAAAUAAGGUUUUGUGAAUCUGUUUUGUAUUGUGAAAAAUUCAUAACAUUGAUAUUUUGAUUUGUAAUAUUUCUAAUUGGUAGAUUUAAUUGAAAAGUAAAAUUAAUUUAUUUUUAUAUGUUCAGGGGAAUUUUAAAGAAAGUCAAAUCUUUUGUAGAUAAUUAAAAAAAUCGGUGUGGUUUAUUUUACUUAUUUAACCCACUGGUUGUUAUUCUGUAACAAUUUGUAUAAAUGGUAAAUUUUGAAUGUGUUGUUAUUUUACCUAGAUGUAAAAUUCCACAUGUAUUAAAGAAAAUGUACAAAGUUUUUGUUAAUAAAAUUUAAUAAUGUUUAUAA